AUGGCCGACUACGAUCUUGUCGAGCUCGCCCAACGGCCUGCGGUGUUUACGCCCGCCAUCCUCGCAGUCGCCUACAUCUUCUACCGGCUCUUCCUGAAGCCGUCCACACUGCCUGAUCUCCCCGUCCUGAAUGCGAGGAAGGGCGAGUGGUUUUCCUACUGGAGAGCGACAUGGCGAAACACCAAGGACUUCAAGGCCGCCUGCGUACUGGCACGCACCCAGUACCGCGACCAGGCGUGCAUCGUGCCCGUCCUCGGUGCGGGCGGUAUGAUCCUGCUCCCGGCUAAAGACACCAAGUUCGUGAUCGAUAACCCCGAGAACGUUCUGAGCCUUCACGAGUCGGCCAUGGACAGCCUGCAGUCCGAUUACACCAUGGGAGAGCGCCUGAUCCGCGAGCCCGUCCACCACCCGCUGAUCACCACCACCCUCACGAAUCAGACCGGCAACCUGAUCCCUGAGCUAGCUGAGGAGACAGAACAUAGUCUCGAUGAGCUCUGGGGCACCGACACGGGCGAGUGGCGCGAUGUGUGCGUAUAUACGUCGCUGCAGAAGUCCAUCGGCCGCGUGACGAACCGUAUCUUCAUUGGCAAGCCCGUCUGCCGGGACCCAGAGCUCCUACGCCUAGGCAUCGCAUUUGCCAUGGACAUCCCGCUGGGCUCUCAGCUGCUGCGUCUCUUCCCCAAGUUCAUUAGGCCGCUCGCGGCUUCGGUGCUCAUGAUUCCAAACAGGCUGCACCAACGUGCCUUCUUCAACAUCCUCAGGCCGACGAUCGAGCAGCGCCUGCGCGAGUACGACGAGCGCCACAAGGACCCCGAGAAGAACAAGGCGCUGGGCCCGGAGCCCAACGACUUCCUGCAGUGGCUAAUCAACCAGGCUAAGGAGAUGGGCGACCCGUAUCAUAUGAGGCCUUCGACUCUCUCGCUGCGCGUGCAGGUGUUGAACUUCGCAUCGAUCCACACAUCUUCAUUCGCCAUCACCGGCGCGAUUCUGGACCUCGUUGCGUCCAAGAAGGAGUACAUUGAAGAGCUGCGUGACGAGAUCCAGACCGUGCUGGCCGCGCAUGGCGGGCAGUGGAACAAGCGCGCCCUGGCGCAGAUGGAGAAGCUCGACUCGACCUUCCGCGAGAGCCAGCGCGUCAACUCGUUCGUGACGCUCGGUCUGGGCCGUCGCGUCGUGGCCAAGAACGGCAUAACCACGCCCGAGGGCCUGCACAUCCCGCGCGGCAACCAGGUCUGCGUCCCCGGCUACGCCAUGCAUCACGACCCGGAGGUCUACAACGACCCGGACGACUUCCGCCCGUUUAGGUUCUCGGACAUGCGGAAACGUGCAGAAGGUGAGGCCGGCGACGACAAGGAGGCCGCGCAGACGUCGUUUCUGUCGCGCGCGCGCAAGCAGUGGGCUACCACGACGACCGACUUCCUCGGGUUUGGCCACGGAAGGGGCGCCUGUCCUGGCCGCUUUUUCGCGGCGGCUGAGCUGAAGCUCAUGCUGGCGCAUCUCAUCCUCAACUAUGACUUUGAGAUGCUGGAGAAGCGUCCGCGGAACACGUGGUUUGCGUUGAACCGUGUCCCGCCGAUGGAGCAGACCAUCCGUGUGAAGAGGCGGGAGGUAUAG